CCAAUGAAAUUCGAAAUGUCUCGUAAAAGAAAAACACGAAAUUGGCGUUGCUUUUUCUUGGCGUAAAAAGUUGCCAAAACCCGCGAAUCCAGACCAACAAAAUCAUCUCUGUCUAUCUGAUUUUCCGAUUCUCAUUUACUUCAUUCUGAAGCAUUCCAAAUUUCCAAUUAUAACGUUUAAUGGUGAUUGAUUUGUGAAGGCUAAGGGAUGAGUCAGGUUUUUGAAGGAUAUGAACGCCAAUACUGCGAGCUUUCUGCGAAUUUGUCGCGGAAAUGCACGUCUACCAGUGUUCUUGAUGGAGAGCUGAGAAAGCAGAAGCUCUCUGAAAUUAAGGCAGGAUUGGAAGAGGCAGACACUUUGAUUCGAAAGAUGGACCUGGAGGCAAGGUGUCUUCCACCAAAUGUAAAGACAAUGCUCCUUGCUAAGUUGAGAGAGUAUAAAACUGAUUUGAAUAAUUUGAAGAAUGAAAUGAAAAGAAUCACAUCUUUGAAUACCAAUCAGUUUGCUCGCGAUGAGUUGUUGGAGUCGGGAAAGGCAGAUGCAGUAAUGGUGUCUGCAAAUCAAAGAGGAAGACUAUUGAUGUCGACAGAGAGACUGAAUCAGUCUACUGAUAGAAUUAAGGAGAGUAGAAGAACAAUGUUGGAAACAGAAGAUCUCGGUGUCUCAAUCCUGCAAGACUUGCAUCAACAACGCCAAGCUCUCUUACAUGCUAAUAACACGCUCCAUGGGGUUGAUGACAAUAUUGGCAUAAGCAGAAAGAUAUUGACAGCAAUGUCAAGAAGGAUGAACAGAAACAAAUGCAUAAUUGGAUCCAUAAUAACAGUACUCAUCUUUGCCAUCUUAUUGAUACUCUAUUUAAAGCUCACUCAUUAAUCUGCUGUCCUCUGAAUUUCAAUUUGUUUAAUACCAUACAUUCUUUAAAAAGAAAAAUCAUCAAGUAGUAUAUAAUUAUUUAUUUCUUUGAUCGGACCGAUAUUCGGUACUUUCAAAAUGUGCAUCAUGCUCUUUCUAAAUGUAGUAUAUGGAAUAGGUGGGACAUUUCUUAUGUUCUUUCUAUAUUUAGCCCUUGAAUUUGGAUGUAUAUAACUUAUUUAAUUGGUUUUUAAAAUAA